AUCACCCCACGCAGCCCCUUGCCCUCACCGUGCCCGGCCCUCACGCCCCGCUCUGCCUUCCCGCUGCGCUGAGCUGCGAGCAGCUCGGGCCAGGAGAGGGAGCCAUGCCCUACGCGAGGCCGCGUCCCCCGCCUCCUCCUCCUCCCGGCAGCGGGACCCCGCGAGCGGCGAGAGGGACGGGGCGGGGCGGGGCCGUGCGGCCGGGGGCCGCGGGGGAGGAGGAAGGAGAGAGCGAGGAGCGCGGGACGUGGCUGUGGGAGCCGUCCGCGUGCCCAGGAUGAAGAUGGUCGGUGCUGUGCUGCUGGUGACGCUGCUGUGGCUGAGCGCGGUGCCCCUGGGCAGUGGCUCCGAACGCUGUGAUGACUGGGGUGUGGACACCAUGAAACAGAUCCAGAUUUACGAUGGGGAGCCUGCCAAGAUCAAAUGCCCACUUUUUGAGACCUUCUUGAAGUACAACUACAGCACAGCCCAUUCUGCUGGCUUAACCCUGAUCUGGUACAGGAUUGGGCAGGACCGGGAUCUGGAGGAGCCCAUUAACUUUCGUCUCCCGGAUAAUCGCAUCAGUAAGGAGAAGGACACCCUUUGGUUCUGGCCUGCUCUCCUCAAUGACACUGGGAAUUACACGUGCAUGCUCAGAAACACAACCUACUGCAGCAAAGUUGCCUUUCCCUUGGAAGUUGUUUCAAAAGACCAAGGCUCUUGUGUGAGCCAUUCAAUAAAACCUGCUGAGCAGAUGUUCUACCUGGAGUAUGCUAAUGAAAAGAUCAUGUGUCCAGACAUUGACGGGUUUUACCCUCCUAGUGUAACACCAACUAUCAAGUGGUACCAGACCUGCAGAUUAGUGGAUGGCUUCAAUGAGCGACACCCUCAAGGGCCCAAGCUUGUCAUUGGUGUUGUCCGCAGCGCAUAUGAAGGGAAUUACACCUGCAUCGUGACAUUCAGGGACCAUGGAAGAACAUAUAAUCUCACCAGAACCGUAAAGAUGAAGGUGGUAGGAUCUCCAAACAAGGCCUUGCCACCACAGUUCAUUUCCCCAAAUGAACAUGUUGUCUACGAACUGGAAGCAGGAGAUGAGCUUGUUUUGUCCUGUGAGGUCUUUUUCACCUUUCUGAAGGACUCUCGGACUGAGGUGUGGUGGACCAUAGAUGGAAAAAACACAGAUGACAUCAUGGACCCCAAGAUAAAAGUCACACAAAGUGAAAUUCCUAGAAGUUUUGAAGACAAAACUAUCAUAAGGACUCUAACAGUUGCAAAAACCACACCAGAGGACUUGAAACGCAAUUACACUUGCUAUGCCAGAAAUGCCAGAGGGGAAGGCCAUAGCCAGGCCAUGGUGCGCAUGAAAGUUGUAGCACCGAAGUACACUGUGGAGCUGGCCUGUGGACUGGGAGCAACCAUCCUGCUCGUUGUGGUGCUGAUUGUUGUCUAUCAUGUUUACUGGCUUGAAAUGGUCCUCUUCUAUCGAGCUCAUUUUGGAACAGAUGAAACCAUUCUAGAUGGGAAGGAGUACGAUGUGUAUGUGUCCUACGCACGCAACGCGGAGGAGGAAGAAUUUGUGCUGCUGACGCUGCGGGGAGUCCUGGAGAAUGAGUUUGGGUACAAGCUGUGUAUCUUCGACAGAGACAGCCUCCCUGGGGGAAUUGUCACAGACGAAACCCUGAGCUUCAUCCAGAAAAGCCAACGUCUGCUUGUUGUCCUGAGCCCCAACUACGUCAUGCAGGGGACGCAGGCCCUGCUGGAGCUCAAGGCUGGCCUAGAGAAUAUGGCCUCCAAGGGCAAUAUCAGAGUCAUUCUAGUGCAGUACAAAGUCAUCAAGAAGAGCAAAGUGAAGGAGCUGAAGAAGGCCAAGGCGGCCUUGAAUAUCAUUAAAUGGAAAGGAGAGAAAUCAAAGUUCCCAAAGGGCAGGUUCUGGAAGGAGCUACAGGUGGAACUGCCAGUAAAAAAAAUUACCAGGAGUUCAAGCCUUGAUGGGCAAGAGCCCUCAUACGUCUCCCUGAGAAAUGUUUGAUGCCAUCAGCAAAAAAAACCAACAACUGAGAACCCACCCACAAAACAGAAAACCCACCAAAAA